UGUUAUUAUGCUAAUGAUGUGUCAUCAGGACCGAGGGUGGGAAGUUUAGGGAAAAAUAAGAGCGGCGGGCAGUGGUUUGUACUUGUCUAGGGGGUAGUAUAGGACAUUUAGAAAAUCCUUUCUUUGUGACAGCGCUGUCAUAAAGUUGUCGCGAUAGCAGGAGUGUUAUACUAAGCGCAUUUCUUCCACAACUGGACUGUUAGCAGCAAAGCUAACAGGCUGUUUCUCGUCUUCUUGGGUCCGGACGGGACGGAAGAGGAAUGUCCUGCAGCUUAUUUGAGUUCUGUCGGCUUCAAGAGUUCAAAACGGUCCGGCACUUCUUGUUUCGGAACGAGAAAAGCGAGCCAGUCGAAGAGAAGAAUCAAACAGAAGAUAAUGAGCUGUCUUGGGACACCUCUGACUGGGAGUCGGCAUGGGAAGGUGGUGAUAAUAAAGAGGAGGAAUCCACCUCUGAUAAAAAGGUCACGGAUGAUGCUGGCGGGCAGGGUGAACCGUGGCUGCAGGACUGUGUCGUGUCCCUGUCGCCCUGCGCUGACCUGCUGGUUGUGGCCCGUGAACAGAAGGCAGCCUUUCUCUCAGCUAAAUGGCGCACAGAUGACAGCGGCAGAGAAGAGAUGACUCUGGGAGUAUCUUGGACUGGAACUCUUAGCACUGAGGAAGGAGAGUGUGUGAGCAGCACCAUUUGUAUUCCCUUGGCAAGUCAGAAGAGGAGCUCCACUGGGCGGCCUGACUGGACAUGUGUAGUCGUGGGUUUUACAUCUGGUUAUGUCCGUUUCUACACUGAGAGCGGCGUUCUGCUCCUUGCCCAGCUGCUACACGAGGACCCGGUACUGAGGCUCAAGUGUCGCACUUACGAGAUCCCUCGCCACCCUGGAGUAACUGAGCAGCACGAGGAGCUGAGCAUCCUCUACUCUGCUGCAAUGGUCACCAUAGAUGGAUUCAGCCUCUUUCAGUCUCUGCGGGCCUGCAGGAAUCAGGCGGCAAGAGGCAUCAUGACACUGUGUGUCUUUGACCAAAUGAAGAACGCAUCUAUCCUGGGGGGAUUCAACGCCUCAGUCAAAGGCAGCCCCCCCGCCAUGAGCCAGUAUGUCACUGUAGGAUCUGGGCCAUACACGGGCUUUUACUAUGCUAUAGAGGGGAGUUCUCAGCCUCUGCUGUCCCACGUGGCUAUGGCAGUGGCCAGUAAACUCACCUCAGCCCUCUUCAGUGCUGCCAGCGGGUGGUUGGGAUGGAACAAAAACAAGAACGAAGAGGAGGCUCCCCAGAAACAGAAGCCCAAGGUGGAGCCUGCCACCCCUUUAAGUAUCAGAUUUGGUCUCCCAGACUCUCGGCGGCAUGGCGAGUCGAUAUGUCUGUCCCCGUGCAACACGCUGGCUGGAGUGACUGAUGACUUUGGCCGAGUCACACUGCUGGACUUGGCCAGGGGCAUCGCCAUUCGCAUGUGGAAAGGUUACAGAGAUGCCCAAUUGGGUUGGCUGCAGGUUCCAGAGGAGCGUAGCGAGCGUGAUUUUUCCCCCUCGGCGUCCCUCCCCAGACGCCACGCUCUGUUCCUCGUCAUCUACGCCCCUCGUAGGGGGAUUCUGGAGGUUUGGGCAAUGCAACAGGGGCCUCGGGUCGGAGCUUUCACUGUAGGCAAACAUUGCAGGUUGCUGUAUGCUGGUUACCGUCUGAUGGGGGUGAACAGUGUGACCAGUCAGGGUUGGCAGCUGCACACACAGCAGGUGUGUCUGCUUGAUCCAAUCACAGGAGUUCUGAGGACCGUGAACAUUCCCUUCCACCUGGCUCUCAGUGAUAAGAAGAGCGAGCGAGCCAAAGAUAUGCACCUGGUAAAGAAACUCACUACCCUACUAAGGAGCCGAGACAUUGAGCUUGAUAUAUUGGAGAGUGAAGCCAGAAGCAUCUUACUAGAUAUCAAACACCCUGCAGUUAAGAAGCAGGCACUGGAGUCUCUUCUGUCAAAUAAAAACACUCCUGUCUCUUGUCUUGUUAACAUCACACGUGCCUUAGAUGACACUUUGAAACGGCAAGAGCCUGAGGAAGUGGAUGCUGAGUUACUUCAGCUCUGCUCAUCACAGCUCAAACUACUGCAGCUCUACACAGACAUCCAGCAACUGCAUUCUGCCGCAGAUGUCGAGGAAACCGCUGAAAAUGACUCCCUUGAAGGCAUAGAGGAGGAAUUGUCCCGUGUUGCACCGACCUUGCAGCGCUAUGCCCAGUUCACACCAAGACACAGUGUUUCGUUUGCCCAGGAUUCGCCUGACUCCCCCCUGCCUGCUCAGGCUUUUCUCUCCCAGUUGGAGUGCACAGAGGAUGAGGAGGUUAAGGUGAUCCGUAGGUCUGAAACUGAAUGGAACCAGUUGGGAAACUUCUUGUUCUGGAGUUGUCUGUGUGGAAAAAGUCCACUCCAUAAAGUCUGUUACACACUACAGCAGGCCGGCAUCAGCCCACAGCAGCUUCUGUCUUUGCUGUUGAGUGUGUGGUUGCAUCGGGAGAAGGAGUUGCUACAGAAACCAGAGGAAAAUGUUCGAAACCUCCACAGACUACUUGUCGCCCUCAGCAAUAUGAAAGGUGCAGUCGAGGAGUCAUGGGACCCACAGUCAAUCUCCCCCUGGUGGCAGCAAGUCCGCACUACAUGCGUUCAGUCCCACAACGCUGCCGCUGCCCUGCUGGCUGCACUGGUUGCUCACCGUGCUGCUAAAGCUAGCAUCACAAGCCGAGCUGAUAGCAAGUUUCAGUCAGAGUGGGAGGCAGUGUCACUGGAGUUGGAGCAGUGGGUGGUGUGUGUUCGCCAGCUGGAAGACGUGCUGGUGCUGCAGACUCUGCUGUUGGUGCCUCCUCCACCAGGAGCAACGGGGGGCGCUACAGUUCAGUGCUCUAUUAAAACAUUGUUGGAGGGAGGCACAGGCGGUAUUGCCGACAGUGUCUCUAAGUGGGUGUUUAGACAAGACAUUUCCCCAGAGCGGCUCAAGGAAAUCCUCCAGAAAAGGGAAAAUAAAGAAGCAGAUGACAAUGUGGAGCAGAGAGACAAAGAAGAAAGACAUGAGAAGGAGAAAAGCCAAGAGGACACAGACAGGACAGCAGAGUUGCUGUUAGCGGUAUGCCAGCGGUUCCCACACUCUCUCUCACCUGAUUUUCUCUUCGCCCACUGCUGCUGGGAGUAUGUGGUGCAGUGGAACAAAGACCCAGAGGAGGGUCGAUAUCUCUGCUGGUCUGUGGAACAUUUGAAGAUGGUCUCCAGUCCUCAUAUUCAGCAAGGUGUUUGUACAAUGAUGUGGAGUACAUUCAUUGCCAAGCGUCUCUCAGCAGCAACCUUUCUCAUGGAGAAAGUGGGGAAAGCACCCAAAGAUCGCUUGUGUCGACGGGAUGUCGGGAUGGGAGACAAAGCCAUGACGUCCUUCCUGGGCUGCUGCGUCCAGCUGCUGAAUAUCCUCAUGGAGGCGGACUCGGCGGUGGAGGAGGUUUCUGCCCCAGAGUUGUCCAUCGAGGAGGCGUGGUCUGGAGCCGAGGGCCCAGCUUCCAUUGCUGAACUUGCCCUGGAGCAAAGAGGUGUUCACUACCCGCUGGUCCAGCACCACUGCCUGUUAGCAUCCCUGCUACAUGCUGCUAUGACCUUCAGUGUCAAGGUCAAACCAUUCAGCCUUUUUGAUAGCAAGGGUAAGAAUGCUUUCUUCAGAGACCUGACGACCAUCCAGCUGAUGCCCAGCGGAGACAUGGACCCAGGUUUGGUGUCUGUGCGACAGGAGUUCCUCCUGCGGGUGCUGACCGGUUGGGUUCAGGCUAUAGAUGAUCCCUCUAGCUCCGCUCCACUUCCUUCAAGCGGACCCAAAGCCGAGUGGUGGCCCUCGCUGUGUUUAGAGCUCGGCUCUCUGCUGCAGGUCAACCCGGACAUCCUGCGGCGGCAUCUCGUCUGCGAGCUCUACAGCCAAGGACUGGAUCUUCGGGCAGAAGAGGUGAUGUUAGAGGUGGAAGAUAAGGAUGUUUUGGGCUCCCAGUUGUUGGUGCUGACAGGUCAGAGGCUGAGCUACUCGCUUCUCCACAGCCAGAACCAGACGCAGGCCGCCAUGGAGCUGCUGGCCCGCCUGCCCCCCACCCUCUGCACGUGGCUGAAGGCGAUGGACCCACGUGAGCUGCGGUGUCCCCUGAUCCCGCUGCCCCAGACCAGCCGGCUGGUCGGUCGUCUGAUCGAGAUACUGCCGGAGAACCACGCUCAGUACAGUCUGGCCCUCCACCUGCUGGAGGCCGUAGAGGUCCUCACCACGGAGGACUGAGGGGAGGAUGCUGCAGAUAGUUGGAAUGUGAGAGACUGUCAGAGAGGAAGAGGAUAAAGAACUUUCUCACCCCCGUUUGGAGGUUUUGUUGUUCUGCUCAGUAAUCAUAGGUGGUGUUAAACACGGUGGAUUCAGAGGCUUUUAAUCGUUUUUUUUAAUCCAUCUUAUUUCCCUGCAUGUGACAGCAAAUGAGAUUAAAUAUUUGUGUUAGUACUCACGUUAAAGUCAGACACCCUGUGUGCCGUGUCAGACGACGACUCCUCUUCUUCACAGAUCAGAAAUGUAUUAGCAAGAAAAAUGGACCUGAUUUUUUAUUUAUAUAUGCAGACUGAACUUUAAUAGCUGUGCCUGUACACCAGCUGCUCCCAUGCAGAAUAAAGAUGCUUCUUAAAGCUUAGA